AUGUUUUUGCGAUUCCGCAGAAUCAUACCAGCGGUCCUCAAACCAACCUGCCGACACACGCGGCUCCAACAUAGAAGUAUGGCAACACGCAUGGAGCCUAGCAAAGUCAGGUACGGAUUUGUGGAAGAAGUUGAGCGCUUGGAUUAUUAUGUUCGCGGAGGCUACCAUCCUGUCAUGAUUGGCGAUGAAUUCUGUGCAGGGCCAAGGCGAAGACAACUUGUUGCGCUCAAGAUCUCCACAGCUGGAUCAGUUGGCCGAACCCAUGAGAUGCAGACUCUUUCACAGCUAGCUAGAGCUGAAUCUAGGCUCCCUGGAAAGGCUAUUGUACAGAACCUGCUCGAUUCUUUCACAUUCUCUGGGCCCAAUGGUACUCAUCAGUGUUUGGUCACAGAUGCCGCCAGAACGAGUAUUCAUGAAGCCAAGGAGGCUCCAUACCAUCGACUCCUUCAACUCCCGGCUGCUCAAGCCAUAACAUCACAACUUAUACUUGGCCUGCAAUUUAUCCAUUCUCAAGGCAUUGUUCACGGUGAUCUUCACCUUGCAAAUAUUCUCCUUCGGUUGCCACCUGAUAUGCAAGGCAUGACUCUUGAGCAGCUGCGUGAUAGAACUGGGGAACCAGCAAAAGAGCAGGUUGUUUGUGAAGAUGGUGCCCUGCUUGACCAUGGAGUCCCUUUGGAGGUCAUUGUUCCUCUGUGGCUUGGAAUUGAUAGUGACAAGAUUUUCCUGGUGGAUUCUGCCAUAAUGAUUGCAGAUUUUGGAGAAGCAUUUGAUCCUCGAGUCACACCACAGUUUGCUGCUCAUACACCACCUUUACUUGCACCAUCAGAAUCUUGCUUUGCAGAGCCAGGAGAAUUGGAUGAGUCUCUUUCUUUCUCAGCAGAUAUAUGGACACUUGCAUGCACUAUCUGGGAUAUUUUUGGAUCCAGGCCCCCUUUUGAAGCCUUCCCUGUCACCUUGGAUGAGGUCACAAUUGAGCAUGUGGAGAUGCUGGGUAAACUCCCUGAUCGCUGGUGGAGGAAGUGGGCAGAAAGAAGAAACUGGUUUGAUGAAGAUGGACAGAAGAAUGUGAAAGAGAGUCUCUGUCAGUGGUACAGUAACAGCUCCAGGGACUGGGACCAGCGAUUCAGAGACUAUAUACAGCACCCACGGCAGAGGAGGAAGUUUGACUUUUCAGAGGAGAAAGCAUUCUGUGACAUGAUAAAGUCGAUGUUGGUCCUUGAACCAAGCAAAAGGGCCACAAUCGAUGAAGUGGUGAGAUGCGAAUGGAUGCUGAGGUGGGACCUGCCAGAGCUGCAGAGAAUGGAUGCAAUGCUAAAGAGCUCUUGA